AUGCUGCUUCUGCAAGACAAAGUCGUUUGCAUCACCGGGGCUUCGCAAGGUAUUGGGCGUGGAAUUGCUCUUGGAUGCGCCCGCGCAGGCGCCAAAGUCGUGGUUCACCAUCUCAAUACCCCGCAAGCUACUCUCGACGCUGGACAGGUCAUCGCUGAUAUUGAGAAGGAGAGAAGCGGUGUCGGCCUUCUUGGGCCGGGUGCUGUGCAGGUCGCUGGAGACAUCAGCGAUGAGUGCACGGCUGACGAGGUGAGGGCCUCGAAGCUGAGGGAGGGUUUGACCAUGAGCGCCCUCGCUGACGAUCUGAGCGAGCUGUUGUUCGCUCACCAGAUAGUUCAAGCGGCAGUCACUGCUUUCGGUCGAAUUGAUUGCUGUGUCUCGAAUGCCGGCGUGUGCCCCUUCUACGCAUUCUUGGAUAUUCCCCGCGGCGUGUGGCGCUCCACGCGGGCCAUCAAUCUCGACGGCGCCUUCUACUUUGUGCAGGUCCGCAAGAGGGAGCCAGAUUUUGUUAUGGCCCGAGUAUUAACUGACCGAGCUGAAGGAUGGAUCACACAGGCUUGUGCGAGACAGAUGAAGGAGCAGAUACCCCAAGGCGGAUCCAUCGUAGCCGUGUCGUCAAUCUCUGCACUCGUCGGCGGCGGUGAACAAGCGUAAGCUCAGCAAGACGGUCUUUGUUUUGUGAGCGCUAUAUGAAUUCAUAUGGCCAUCUGAUUGGUUGUGCUCCGGCCUCUCAACAGCCAUUACACUCCAACAAAAGCCGGUGUAAAAUCGUUGAUGGAAUCUUGCGCGAUCUCGUUAGCGCCUUACAAAAUUCGAUGUGAGCUUCCUGCCCAUACAAGUGAGGGGGACAAAAGUGACAGGAUGACUCUGAUGCCUUCAAAGAGGAAAUGUGUCAUAGGUAAUUCUGUACUGCCAGGUAAUCGUUGCGAAAUUUCGGUCUGCUGGCUUGUGAAGCUCGCCUCGGAAUUGAGAGCCGUUUUCUUCCCUCUUCAUCAUGCAGGCACGAUCGAGACCCCCAUCAAUGCUGAAGACCUGGAGGACCCCGUCAAACGCGCAUACAUGGAGAAGCGUAUUCCACUCAGUAGAUUGGGGCGACCCGAGGAUCUGGCGGGUCCGGCAGUAUUCCUGUUGAGCGAGAUGGCGGCAUAUGGUAAGCGUCUCAACUUGCGGGCAGAGCCUCCGCAGAAUGAUCACGGUCGCUCCAAGCUACGUGUCAUCUGACUUUUAGCUUCACGACUGCGAACAGUGACGGGAGCCUAUGUUCUGGUGGACGGAGGGGCUUUUGUGAACCUGCAAUGA